AAGGUAUUGUGGGGCGGUCGCUCAGCUGACCAAUCAGAAUCCAGCAGUGUGCGACGAAGCAGGAAGUACUCACACUGGGCAAACAGGAGACACUAAUGGGGAGGAUAUCAUCUUAAUCUAUUUACCGCUAAUGAGAUGGACAACAUAGUGACAGACAAGAGGGAUGAACCACAGACAGACUUUAUCUACUGUUGUGGAGCCAUCACAGAGGUUCUUAAAUUUGGCUCUUGUCAGUUACACUCUGGACACAAGGUGCUUUUUGUCAUCAUUCCAGGUAACCCAGGUGUAGUGGGCUUCUACAGAACCUUCAUGCAAACACUUCACAGUAUGUUUGGACACCGCCACCCAGUGUGGGCUGUAAGCCAUGCUGGCCACUGUGUACCUCCAGACUCCAUGGACAUGGUAGAAGAAGCCGAGGGUGAUGUGUUUGGUCUAAACGGGCAGAUUGAACACAAGCUGGCCUUUCUCAGGAGAAGUGUUCCCAGAGAAACCAGCCUGGUCCUGGUGGGACACUCCAUUGGCUGCUACAUUAUUCUGGAGAUGAUGAAGAGAAAUCCUGAACUCAAGAUUAUAAAGGCCAUCAUGCUGUUUCCCACCAUUGAGCGCAUGGCUCAGACUCCUCAGGGGAAGGUCAUGACCCCUGUGUUGUGUCACAUGCGUUAUGUGGUCUACCUGCCUCUCUUCCUGCUUUCUCUGCUGCCUGAGGGACUCAAAGACAGCCUAAUCAAACUGGUGUUUGGUGGCAUCCGCUCUCUGGACCAUACUGUAGUCCAACCUAGUGUAGGUCUACUCAGUGGAGACUGUGCUGUGAAUGCUAUGUACAUGGGGGGUCAGGAAAUGAGGAAAGUUGUGGAAAGAGACAACAUAACCAUCAAGAAAAAUCUUGAAAAGCUUAUAUUUUAUUAUGGAGCUACAGACCACUGGUGCCCUGUUCAGUAUUAUCAUGACAUUAAGCAGGACUUCCCACAUGGAGAUUUCAGACUGUGUGAAAACGGGUUCCGCCACGCCUUCGUCCUGGAUGCAGGAACAGAAGUUGCCAAAAUGGUGGUCAAAUGGAUCAGUGCAGAUUUGAGGACAUGAGUUCAUUCCUCCCUUGCCAUCUACUCCUCUGUCUAUCUGCCAUGAACACUGAUGACGACUCUUAGCCUCCAGACCAGGUAGCCAGGGUUUUUUUAUUAGCAGAAAUCAUAUAAUUGAAUGAAGAAAAGAGAAUGAAAGCUCAGUGCCGAAGAAAUAUCAAAUAUUCAUUUAAAUAUAUUUUUAUCGAGUUAUGUUUUUUGUCAUGCUAACAAGAUUAACUGCAGGACUGGAAACGCUCAGCGACUCUCUUUGAUUCACCUGGCUACGAACAACAGGGAAAGACCUAAACAUACAAAAUAAGAGGCAUGCCAGACCUGCAUUCCUGAGGAAGCAACACAUUUGUAUUCUUUCUGUUAGCCAAGUUUGAAUUAAUGUAAAUUAGUUAUCCAAUCAGUCAAUAAUCCAGCUAACAUUUCUCAGCACGUUUUCUUGAUGAAUAGUCCAACUCUGAUGUUUGUACGAGGUGAGACAGAUGAAAUAUUAAUUAAUGGAUUUAACAUCUCGUUUGUCAUGUAACAACACAUCUAGUGGCCAACGGAUAGAAAUUUCAAACUAUUGCAAUUACAAUCUGUGUAGGAUUGUAGCUUAUUAUACUGUAUUGUGUGAUCAAACAAAGUCUUGUUUAACCAUAGCCACUUAGUAAUAGUGUUGAAAAUCAUGUUUUGACAGUUACGUAGUUAGUAAUGCCAUGUUAAAUAAUGAAAUGAUCUGCUAAAAUAGGUGUUGGUUAAAUUAUGUGUUUUUCUGAUUGUUUAUAUCACUAUGCCAUUUUGUGUCUCGAAUCACGAUUGUGUGACCAUAGUGAUGUACUGAAGUA